UAACUCAAAAGGAAAACAGAUAACAUGUCAGACUAAUGAAGAUCAGAGAGAGAGAAAGAGAGCUACAUUCCAUUUCCCAAUUCAUAUCAUGCACACACACUUACUUCAGACAUAGCUAUCUCAAUCUCUCUCUCUUUUCCCACCAAUAUAAUCUCUUCUCUUUCUUUCUCUCUCUCUGACGACUGACAUGCAGAAAUUGCAUUUGAGUGUCUAUGCAUUUUUCUCUCUGUCUUAUCUCUUCUGUUUCCCAAGCCCAUACAUUCAUCCCCUUCUUCUGCAACAUAACAUCUCUCCAUUUUUUCUUUAUAACCCAAUUAAAUCUCUUUAUAAACUACACAUCAAACUCCCACUUCUCAGUUCUAAGUCCUAUUUCAUAAAUACUUCAUAACAGAAUUGUAUCAGAACUUCCAACACUAAUAUAGCUCAAUUGUUCUGCACCAGUACUCUGCUUCUUUUCGUCAAGGGAUGGAGAGACAAGAGGGUGGAGCUAUGAACAACAGUAUGGACGAGAGGGCCAAGGUGUUCCCUUGUUUGUUCUGUUCAAGGAAGUUUUACAGCUCACAAGCCUUAGGAGGCCAUCAAAAUGCUCACAAGAAGGAGAGGAUUGCAGCAAGAAAAGCCAAGAGAGCAUCAGAAUUCUCUCUACUCAACGCCUUUUCGACACAACAGUCGAUGUCGUCGCUAAUUUUCAGCGGCAACCACCAUCAGCAGCAGCCCCAUAUGGCCUUCCUUGGUACCCCACCCCCAACACAAAUGUACAUUGGUUCCCAUGCUGCCAACAUAUCCCAUUAUCCUAGUACUACACAGCUUUGUGAUCAAUUUGGGCCUGGUGGGCCUGCCCGUUUCUCGAAUAUGGUGGUUUAUAACAGCAACGGUGGAACUGGCCCAAUUAGUCCAUAUUCAUCAUGUUAUGAAGAGGAUCAUGACCAAAACAUGGUGAAUUGGCAAAAGGAGUUUAGGUAUAGUGGGCCCAAUAGUUUGACUUCAAUGCAAGUUCUAAAGAAGACUAUGGAGAAUAAUUAUGGGAGAGAUUGUCAUAGGGAGAUGGAAAAGAAACUUGAUUUAUCUUUGCACUUGUAAAAAACAAUUAGAAGUUGGAAGUUUUGAUUUCAGAUUUUAGUUUGAGGCUUAAAACAUGGUGAAUUAGCCUUAGAUCAUGACAAAGAUAUUGAUGGAGAAUGUGUGUUAAUAUUCUUUGUAGAUAUUGUGUCAAAUAUAUUAAUGAGAUUUGAAGUCGUGACCUUUAUGCACAACAAAAUCUCAAUAAUAUAUUUGACAUAAUAUUUACAAUGAAUAUUAAUAUAUUUUCUAUUAGGAAACAUAAUGAAAUUAUGUAAUAAAUCUUUCUACUUUUACUUUC